AUGGAUCCAGAAGCAAACGGAACCACCACCAAUCGCCAGCAGGUCUUUGGACAGGUCCUGACGGCAAUCCCCAUAGUCUCCGGCCCCGACGCCGGCACCUUGACCACCCUGCGCCUCGAGAAUCCGGCGGCUCUGGGCGCAAACCAGGAGGAGGCGGUAGCCGCCGUCAUCGAUGCCCAAGCACGCCUUGUCGAUGCCCAAGCACGCCAUCUCGAUGCCGAAGCGCGCAUUGUCGAUGCUCGCGCACAACUUGUCAACACGCAGGGCCAAAACGCCGGCGCCAUGGCCGAAGCAGUGGCUACCAAGGCUCAGGCAUGUGGACGGUUUGCCCUCUACUUAGGUGCGUCCGUCAGCGCGUCUGUGGUCGCCGUGGGCCUCGCUUUCCGGCUCUCCGGUGUCAAACACUGA